GUGCGGGCCGGGAGGAGGCGGGGUUUCCGGGCGCGGGCGCCGUCGGACCUGACGCGACGGCAGCCCCGAGGAUGGCCCCGCGGCGACGCCGGUAGCGGCGGCAGGUCGCCAGGCCGCCUGUGGGCCCCCCUGGCAGGCAGCAGCCCCUCUCCGUGCCCUGAGGCGGCAGCAACAUGAGCGAGGUGUCAGUGAUCAAGGAGGGAUGGCUGCACAAGCGAGGGGAAUACAUCAAAACCUGGAGGCCCCGAUACUUCCUCCUCAAGAGCGACGGCUCCUUCAUCGGCUACAAGGAGAAGCCCGAAGCGGCCGACCACAGCGCCCCCCCUUUGAACAACUUCUCCGUGGCAGAAUGCCAGCUGAUGAAGGCCGAGCGACCCCGCCCCAACACCUUCGUCAUCCGCUGCCUGCAGUGGACGACGGUGAUCGAGCGGACGUUCCACGUGGACUCUCCAGAGGAAAGGGAAGAAUGGAUCGAGGCCAUUCAGACGGUGGCCAACAGCUUAAAGAACCAGGAGGCGGAAGAGGAGGACCGGAUGGAGUACAAGUGUGGCUCCCCCAGCGACAGUCCGGGGGCCGAGGAAAUGGAGGUGGCAGUGACCAAGGCCAGAACUAAGGCGACCAUGAGUGACUUCGACUACCUGAAGCUCCUGGGCAAGGGCACUUUUGGGAAGGUCAUCCUCGUACGGGAAAAGGCCACAGGCCGCUACUACGCCAUGAAGAUUCUGCGCAAAAAGGUCAUCAUUGCCAAGGAUGAAGUGGCCCACACCGUCACAGAGAGCCGAGUGCUGCAGAACACCAGGCACCCCUUUCUCACGGCCCUGAAAUACGCGUUCCAGACCAACGACCGCCUCUGCUUCGUCAUGGAGUACGCCAACGGGGGAGAGCUCUUCUUCCACCUCUCCCGAGAACGCGUCUUCACGGAAGAGCGCGCCCGCUUCUACGGGGCUGAGAUAGUUUCUGCCCUGGAGUAUCUCCACUCGCGGGACGUUGUCUACCGAGACAUCAAGCUGGAGAACCUCAUGUUGGAUAAAGACGGACACAUCAAGAUCACGGACUUUGGACUGUGCAAGGAAGGCAUCUCCGAUGGGGCCACCAUGAAGACCUUCUGUGGGACACCGGAGUACCUGGCCCCAGAGGUGCUGGAGGACAACGAUUACGGGCGGGCCGUGGACUGGUGGGGGCUGGGCGUGGUCAUGUACGAGAUGAUGUGUGGCCGGCUGCCCUUCUACAGCCAGGACCAUGAGCGCCUCUUUGAGCUGAUCCUCCUGGAGGAGAUCCGCUUCCCACGCACCCUCAGCCCCGAAGCCAAGGCCCUGCUGGCCGGGCUGCUCAAGAAGGACCCCAAGCAAAGGCUGGGGGGCGGCCCCACCGACGCCAAGGAGGUCAUGGAGCAUCGGUUCUUUGCUGCCAUUAACUGGCAAGACGUGGUUCACAAGAAGCUCCUGCCCCCUUUCAAGCCCCAGGUGACGUCCGAAAUAGAUACACGGUACUUCGAUGACGAGUUCACCGCCCAGUCCAUCACCAUUACGCCACCAGACCGAUAUGACUGCGUGGACCCCCUGGAUGCCGAGCAGCGGACCCACUUCCCUCAGUUCUCCUACUCCGCCAGCAUUCGGGAGUAGGGCUGCAGCGCCUGCUGGAGAGAGCCAGGACCGGGGCUGAUGCCACCUGCCCACGUCUGGAGCCCAGCGGAAGAGCCGGCCCCGUCGGCCCCUGCAGCCAGGACCAGCUGGCUCACUUCAGCCCAUGUCUCCCUGCCCCCCUCCCUCCCAGUGCCGCAUCCUCCCUCUUUGCUCUGGGCCACCGCUGAGUUUCACACGGAAGGUGCUUUGGCCUGUGUGGUUGGCCGCCGAGGGCCGCUGUGCUGGCGGAAGGGCAGGGAGCACCGUUCGCUGCCUCGUGCGUGGGAUGGCAGCCUGGACCCCAGAGGGCGGAGGACCCGAGCACUGUGCCUUGCAAGGCUGUGCUAAGAGGGGCAGAGCCCCCAAAUCCCCCCCACCCCCGUUUCUGUGGGAUAAUGGCCGGCUGGCCGGCCAGCGCUCAGGUGCCUCUUGGGGUCAGUGGCCUGGCAACUGUUGCCUUGCUGCCCUUUGGUGGGCUUCCCCAUCACCUCCAGGGGGGG